AUGGCAUCUACCAAUCAGAAGCCGCCGCGCAGCUCCAAACGCUUGGCCUCUUCGGGCAAAGCUAAACGCGAUGCCAGUAAGAAGAACGCCAAGCCAUCCCCGGCCACCGCGCUUGACAGGAAGAAUAGCCGCCACGCUGCCCCCGGAGUGCUUAUCGGUGUCAAAGUACCUCCUGCGGCUCUUUCUUCUGCUCAGGAUCAGAAAUUAUCCAUCAAGGGGUCGGUGUAUACUCCGAGCCAGCCGGUUGCCGCGGAGUCCAAACAGUUAGAAUCACCUCCUUCUACCGGGUCCGGAGGUCUUCCGCAUCAACUACGAGUGGGUGCGGCUCGGGGCACACGCAGUUCCUGCCAGGACAUCGUCUCUGCCUUUGAAUGGGAGGCUUUGAAGCUUGAGAAGCUCAGACCCAAGCAGCCUGGCGCUGUUGAAGCUCUCAACACUGUUCAUGUCAAAGAGGAACAGCUGACUGUCACGGUUAACCUUCGCAAGCCGGCACCAGACGAGAUGUCCCGGAACCGGCCUAGAGGCCCUCCUAUGCCUAGGGACAAUGGUCUCGCGGCGAAUGAGGAGACGGAUAUGUGGAACAAGAUUCUGCAGGAUCUCCGCAAGGCCAAGGAGAAGAAUGACAAGCAGAAAGUGCUGGCUGAGCAGAUUGCCGCCUUGAAUGAGAAGAUUGGCAGAGAGGGUGGAAGACCAACUCUAAGCGAGCACAACCAGCUGGAUAGUCUUUACCGUCAGAUGCUGAAGCUCUGCGAGGACGAAAGAGCCAUCCUGCAAGACGAACCCAGCGAUGUAGUCAAGAACCUGGGCCUUUUGACCGCACUUCGCCAAGCAUCCGAGGCUGAAGCACCAUUCAGUCGCUCUGCUUCUCUGGUGAAAUCCCGAAAGAAGCGCAAUGACUUUGACGGAUCGGCCACUGAUUCGCCGGGCCCCUCGGGUCCCUCGGUCUCUGAUAAAGUGAGCCGCGUCAAAAGUGCCCAGCGAAGCGCCAGUGCGUCCAGUUCUCAGCCCCGUGAUCGGGAGAUCCGUGAUAAUGUCAUGGUGAAGAUUGAAGAGACAGCGGAGAGCAUCCGGGGUACUAUCGCCGAACGCAAUGGGCAACUGGCCGUCGGGGCGGAAGUGGUUUUCAAGCAUAACAAGAACAAACAAGGUGUCGAAGGCGAGGGCAUACAAUGUAUCAUCAAGGGCAUUUCUGGCGAUGGUCCCAAGAAAAGAUACGACGUACAAGACCCUGAACCCAACGAGAAUGGCGAACAGGGAGCCGUUUACAAGACUACCGCUGCAUCGCUAAUCCCAAUCCCUCAAGUUGGUGCGACCCUGCCGGUGUUUGCUGUCGGAAAGCAAGUUCUUGCACGAUACCCCGAUACCACCACCUUCUACCGCGCCGAAGUGAUGGGGACGAAGAAGGACACCUACCGCCUCAAAUUCGAGGGCGAAGAAGACGACAAGGAAAUGGAAGUAGACAGGCGGUUUGUCCUCGACAUCCCCGGCAAGUGA